CUUCUCGGUCAUACAUACAGCAGAAGAAGAGUUAAAAUCACCGGAUCUCACCCUUUACCAAGUCACAAACACAUCCAGAUCAUCCACAUGGCCGCCUCACAGAACCCGAUCCUGACCCGCGACCAGCUCGCGGGGUUGGCGCAAAGCUUCUUCAAUGCGGUGGAUGGCAAGGAUCUCGAUGCUGUGAUGUCGCACUUCUCCCCAGACGCGACAUUCACCAUCAAGACUGCCCAUAUCACAUCCACGGGUCCCGACGAGAUCCGCCGCUUGUUCACCGACUUCAUUAAUAACACCAAGCACAUGCUCCACGACAUCAAGAGUAUUGUGGUCGAUGAAGUACAUGGCAAGGUCUCAACUGAGCAUCACUAUACCGGCGAACUGGUGGACGGGACGAAGAACGAGCUGGACAACUGCAACUUCUUUGAUGUCGGCGCCGACGGAAAAUUCACGCGUGUGGUGGUUUUUAUGGCUGGAGCGAGCCCGAUGAAAUAGGCAGAAGGACCGAAUUGUUCUCAUGUGUAUGGUAGGGUCCAGUAAAGGCUUUAGGGCCCCGAUGCGCAUCGGCUCUUGUUAACGCGCUCGAUUCGCCGUGUGUUCAAGAUCGCGAUAUCAAU